AUGAAGCCUUCCUUGUUUUCCCUCUCGGUUCUCUUUGCCUUCAUAUCAUCUUUUGCAACAGCCCAGUUCGUCCUUGACAUUGAGGGCAAUUACCUUAUCAAUGGUGGCACAUACUAUAUCCUUCCACAUAUCUGGGCUUUAGGUGGUGGCCUGAAGCUAGCCAAGACCGGAAACGAAACUUACCCUCUGAGUGUUGUUCAAUCGCCCUUUGAAACCGACAAUGGUUGUGGAAGUGGGCUGUUGUUGAAGAAAGAAGACGGGAACAAGCCUGUGAAAAUUAUUAGGUACGAGAACACUCUGAAGGGUUGGUUCAAGAUUCAACAGUAUAAUAGUUGGGCUUAUAAGAUUGUGUUUUGUCCCACUAAUGGUGAUUCUUGUGGAGAUCUUGGGAUUUCCAGGGACGAUGAUGGAAAGAGGCUUUUGGUUAUCACACUGAUGAUAACCCUUUUGUCGCCUUCCUCCUUCAUUCAACUAGCAGCCAUUGAUGACUCUGUUCUCCCAUCAUUCUCGUCGAAGUCAUGCUCGCGCGACCUUCCUCUUCUCCUCUAUUCGAGUAUCGACUUGGAUGUCUCAGAGAUCUCCUUCCCUUAUUCUUCACCGUGA